UGGAUUUGUUUGCCAGGCCCUAGGCCGCCCCUUGACUGCCCAGGCCUCUGGGGCUCCAACCAGCCGGCCCGUGCCCCAGACCCGCCCUGGUGAGUUCUCGUCCCUGGAUUGGCCGCCAGAGAUUCAUCUACUCCCUGGGCCUGCGCGAUGCAGGACGAGAGAAGAGGAGGGUGGGCAAGAUGGCGGCUACUGCGGCUGGUGUGGGCCGGCUAGAGGAGGAGGCGUUGCGGCGAAAGGAACGGCUGAAAGCCCUUCGGGAAAAAACCGGGCGAAAGGACAAGGAAGAUGGGGAGCCCAAGACCAAGCAGCUCAGAGAAGGGGAGGAGGAAGGCGAGAAGCACAGGGAACUCAGGCUGCGAAACUAUGUCCCCGAGGAUGAGGACCUGAAGAGGAGGAGGGUGCCCCAGGCCAAGCCAGUUGCGGUGGAAGAGAAGGUGAAGGAGCAGCUGGAGGCCGCCAAGCCUGAGCCCAUCAUCGAGGAAGUGGACCUGGCCAACCUCGCGCCCCGGAAGCCUGACUGGGACCUCAAGAGAGACGUAGCCAAGAAGCUGGAGAAGCUAGAAAAGCGGACCCAGAGGGCCAUCGCCGAGUUGAUCCGUGAGAGGCUGAAAGGCCAGGAGGACAGCUUGGCCUCUGCAGUGGACGCUACCACCGAGCAAGAGGCCUGCGACUCCGACUGAGGCACGCCGUAUCCCAGGCCUGGCCUGUGGAUUUUGUUUAUUUGACAGAGAGAGAGCCCAAGCAGGGGGAGCAGCAGAGGGAGAAGCAGGCUCCCCACGGAGCAGGGAGCCCAAUGCAGAACUCGAAGCGGGGCUCAAUGCCAGGACCCUGGGAUCAUGACCUGAGCCGAAGGCAGACGCUUAACCGACUGAGCCACCCAGGCGCCCCUCACACGCAUACAUCUUUAAGGAGAGAAAUCUCCAGCAUUCACAACCUAAAUUACUCGGGAAGUGUGAAGUGGGAUUUUUUUAAACGGCCACAUCUGCAGUUUUGCUACAGUGGUCCGGGUUAGAACAGUGAGGGUGAAGAGAAAAACCGUUCAAGCUACGUGGGAAAAAUACCAACAACCGAUGAAUGAAUGAGUUCCAUUUUCAUCAGUAGUAAACACUGCCAAGACAGGUUUUUUCCCGAGUGCUUAGGAAACAGAAAUGUCAGUCUUCUUGCUUAUCGUCCAUCAUCAGGGCCAGACGUUUUUGGGCUUCUGAUACCAAGUGUUGACUGUGCACAGAUCUUUGCCGGAGGAACUAGUAGGGAAAGCUCCCGAGCAAGAGGAGCCGUGGUGGGAGCCCGGAGAGGGGUGGGAGAAUCAGGGCUUCAUUUGGCAGGAUCUCAGACCAGGAGGGCUUUAUUCUUGUGUGAAGUCCAUGGCCACACAGUGGCUUGAAGGACACAGGUCCCUUUGGUCUCCCCAGCUGCUGUGCUUAGCUCCCCUAGGAGCCUGCGCACCCCCAGGUGGGAGCUGUCGGCACGAGGGGGAAGGGCAAGGGGCAAGCCAGCUGAGGGAACAGUGACUUCAAGCCCAGUCAGCCCCCCAGGCUCGCCGUCACAUCUGAGCAGCCAUGACUGUGUCACAUCCAGCCCUCGCUGCAGACGUGUGGGGAGCAAGGGUAUUUUGAGCUGGGCACACUGCCACCGUGCUUGAAGUUGAGGUUCCACGAGAAAGGAAGAAGGGUCGAAAAGAGUCCUGGGAAGGCAGCCAGCAGGAUGCAGGAAGAAGCGGUGAGCAAAGAAACGGGUAAACAUUGCAAAAAUCAAUAAUUGACUAACCUCUAACAGGACUGACAAGGACACAAGUUACGAAUAUUAGGAAUGCAGUAAGGCAAACCUGGCGACCCCACAGACCUCAGAAGGACAAUAAGGGGAUACUGUAGAUAUCCACAUCAAUUUGAAAAGUUGAUGAAAUGGUCCAGUUCCUUGAAAAGCACGAACUACCACCAUUCACCCAAGAUGAAAUAGGUAACUUGCAUAGCCAUAACUACUAAGGAUAUUGAAUUCGUGAUUUUAAAAGUUUAUUAUUUAUUAAAGUCCUCUCCACACCCAGUGUGGGGCUGGAACUCACGACCCCAAGAUGAAGAGUCAUGCUCUGCUGAGUCAGCCAGGCACCCCUUGAAUUCAUGAUUUUAAGCCCCCUGUGAUCCAGGUGGGGGGGGAUGUUGGUGGAGAGGUAGACACAUAGAUCAAUGGAAAAGAGUAGGGAACUCAAGUUGCCCCAAACAAGUACGGCCAACUCAUUUUUGACAAAGGUGCAGAACGAGCUCACGGGAGGCAGGAUAGGCUUCAGCAGAUGGUGCUGGAGUGAUUGGAUAUCCAUAGGCCAAAAAAAGAACCCCCAACCUAAAGCCCAGCCAGACAAUAUACAGAAAUUAAAGUGGGUCAUAGGUGUAAAUGUGAAGUGUAAAACUAUAAAAACUUUUAGGAGAAAAUCUUCAGGACCUAGAACUUGGUGACGAGUUCUUGAACACAAGACCCAGAAGCACAUCCAUAAAGAAAAAAAAUAAAUUUGACUUAACCAAAAUAAAAAGCUUUUCUCCAACAAAAACUCUAUUAAGAAAAUGAAAAGUUACAGACUAAAUUGCAAACCCCAUAUCUGAUAAAGGACUCAAAUCUAGGAUAUAUAAAGAACUUUCACAACAGAAGGAAGGAGGGAGGGAGGGAGGAAGGAAGGAAGGAAGGACGAACGGAAGGACCCAAUUGGAAAAUGGGCAAGAGAAACAUUUCACAGAACAGGGUAUAUAAAUGGCAAAUAAACACAUGAGAGAUGUUCAGCAUCAGCAUCACUGGCCGUUACGGAAAUGCAAAUAAAGACCAUGAUAAGACAUCAUUACACACCUAUUAGGACAGCUUAAGUAAAAAAUACCAAAUGCUGGCAAGGAUGUAGAGAAGCUGAAUCUCUAGUACAUUGUUGGUGGGACUGUCAAUGAUAUAGUUAUUCUGGAAAAUAGUUUGGCAGUUUCUUAGGAAACCAGCAUACGCUUACCGUAUAACCCAGCAACCACACCCCUCCUGGGCAUUUAUUCCAGAGAAAUAAAGACUGUCUACACAAAUGUUCAUAACCGCUUUCUUUAUGAUCACUAAAAGCUAGGAAAAAACAAUGUCCUAUGUGUUACUGCUUAUUGAAUGCUAGAUAAUUUGCAUUUCUUGUCCAGGAUACGUCAGUUAAAACAAAAGAGCCCCCAUCUCUAGUUCAGUGGAGGCUUCCAAGUCAUUAUCAGAUGAAAACCAUGGUCUUCAUAUAAUUUCCCAUCCUUCAUUUUGGAAUUAAAAUAUUACACAAAAAUGGGUGAAAUAAGUAUGGUAAUAAAUUUCUGACAUACGGGAAACAGUGUACGAGGGCAUUCCUUCGGUUGGUCCUGUACUUUAGGGAGUAAUGGAGUGGAAAAAUAAGUUUUUAUUCUGUGAAGAAACAGACCAACCACGAAAUGUCCUUCAAUAGGUGCCCCGUUAAACCGCUGCAUCUGUACCGUGGAAUACUACUCAGCAAUAAAAAGGAACACAACCGUUGAUUAAAGCGGAUAGCUUGGGUGAAGCUCAGGGGCAUUACACUGAGUGAAGCAGACACAUACAUAACUUUAUAUAUAAAGAUCACGUCCCGUACAAUUCCCUAUCUGUAAUAUCCUUGAAAUGGCAAAAUCCUAGACCCGGGGAACAGAUCCAUGGGUGCAGGGGUUAGGAAUGGUAGGGGCAAGUGUGACUAUGUAUAAAGGGGUAGCUGAGGGAGCUCUUGGAGGGGAUAGAAUAGUUCUUGGUUGCAUUGGUGAUGACACAAAUCUGUGUAUGUGAUAAACUGGGAGCGGGCUGUGCACACAUUGUGCCGACGUCAGGAUCCUGGGUUUGAUACUCUGCCGUUUAGGAAGGGGCAGCCGUCGGAGGAGGCUGGGUGAGUGGGACACAGGACUGCUCUGUAUUACCUUUUUAACUGCCUCUGAAUCUAUAUUUAUUUCAAAAUAAAAAGUUUUGAGAUGUU